UGAAUUUAUCUGAGAACGACUGCGUUUCCAAAGAUUUAAAAUCAUGUUGUUCAAGAUGUCCGCCAUGUUUAACAUCAAACGGCGUAGGUUUCGAAAGGGCACAUGUGCAACAUCUAAAAAUGUUGGAUUGACUCUUGAUAUACAGUUUUAUUCAAAUACGACCUGAUGUUAUUCUUGAUUUAUGAAGAUCCUGAAGUUGAUACAGGAGUUAGUUUACGAUGGAAGAGAAUGGAGAUGGAGAAAAUGGCAAUAAUACUAUUACUGUCACCAUGACAGAUGAUGGUUAUAUAUCAAUGUCAAUGAAAAGACCACAUGAAGAUGAUGAGAAUGCAAUUGAAGAAGAACCUGUCACCAAACAGCUACACUUAGACGAAAAUGAUGGAAAUAUUGUUGAAGUUCAGGUUGGGCAAGAAGAAUUACAACUGGAAGAAACAAUACAUCAAGAGGAACAGCCACAGGCAGAAAUUAUUACAACUGAUGGAGUUGUUUAUGAAGAAGAGGUUAUACAACAUCAAGGAACAGCUCCACAAUACCAGAACCUGAUUAUACAACAUAUGGACAUCGCUGAACCUCUUGCUACUCUCAAAACUCUCCUUGAAAUGAGAUUACAGUGUUCGCUUUCUGACCAUCAAUUCUAUCUCCAAGAUGCCAUACAGCUUGAUACAACCAAAAGUUUAGUAGACCAGUGUGUACAAGGAGAAGGCAUGGUACAAAUUAAUUUAGAAAUUAAAUCACAGCCAGGUGUAAAACCCAAAAUAAACAUUGUUGACAUACUGAAACCAGCUGAUGAAGUAGAGCCACAGAUUGUAGAAGAACCACCACCACCGCCACCACCUCCAGUACAAACAAUAACACCACACAAGAAGCAACAGACGAAAGUCGUCAUUCCCUUACCAGAGGAGUCAGAAAAUGUUACACGGUGGAUUGUUGACCAGAAUUUUAGACGGGAGCAGGAAAGAUUAAAGAUUCCAUUUGAUCCUAAUCAGUGGAGUGAAUUACAUGUCAGACAUUGGAUAGACUGGGCUAUCAAGGAAUUCCAUUUGGAUGGAGUAACUGCAGAAAGCUUUCAUAUAAAUGGCAGGCAGUUAUGUGAAAUGACACAUCCAGAAUUUGUGAAAUUGAUACCUUUUGACAGAGGAGAUAUUUUUUGGACACAUCUUGAGUUGUUAAGGAAGUGUAAAUUUGUUGCUGUUAUGCAGACACCAACACCACAUGCUAUUACAACAAUUACAGUGUCAACAUCUGGACAACAGGAUGGUAUGUUGAAUCUGACAGGAAGACUUAAACAUUUAAAACAACACAGACCAAGAUCUCCAAGAAUUACUGGUGAUGAAAGAUUGUCUCAUGGCAACAGAACAGGAAACAAUGGACAGAUUCAGCUGUGGCAGUUUUUAUUAGAACUACUGACAGAUAAAGACUGUAGGGAAGUGAUUCAAUGGGUCGGUGAUGAAGGAGAAUUUAAAUUGAAUAACCCAGAAAUGGUGGCCCAGUUGUGGGGUCAGAGGAAAAAUAAACCAACUAUGAACUAUGAGAAACUUAGUAGAGCACUUAGAUAUUACUAUGAUGGGGAUAUGAUUGCAAAGGUACAUGGAAAAAGAUUUGUAUACAAGUUUGUGUGUGAUCUGAAAAUGCUGUUAGGAUAUACUGCAGGAGAACUCAAUAGACUUGUUACUUUUUGUGCCGAAAGGAAGUUGCAGAGAGUAAGAGAAUCUUUGCGACCAGGCACAUUACAAAUAGCAAUGACAACAUCAUGAUAGUAAAACAGAUUCUGUGAUUAUCCUCCUGUUCAAAUGUUGGACCAUUUGUCUGUACAGUAUUUAUAAUAUUUUGUAUAGAUAUGUGCAGAAAUAUUAUUUUCUUGCCUGUCAGGUUGUUUUAGUUGAAACUUGUUAACUAUUUAAAAAUUAAAGAACUGUCUGGGAACUCAACUACAACUGAAAAAGCUAUUUUUAGUAUGCAAGUUUAAUUUUGGGCUUUAUAACUUUUAUUAUUAGAUUCUUGUUCCAACAACAUUUGUUUUCAAAAAUGUUAGUUGAAUAUUUUUCUUUUUGAAAUUGAUUCCUUUAGCGAAAAAGCUGUUUCCAGAUUGAAAAUGUCAAAAUGUUGAAUACAAAAUUGUUAUCUUAUGGUAUUAUUUACUUUUUAAAAUAAGACAUUUUCUGUACAACAUUUAAAAGAAAUGAGGUUCCGGUAUUGAUAAUAUCUUGCAGAUUCAAUGAACUUUAAAAUAUUGUGAAAAAAGAUUCAAUUGAAUUUUUAACUUUUGAACAUAAAAUUCUUAACUUAUUUUGAGGAAAAAUUCUGUCUGAAGGUUUUAAUUUGCUGGAAAUGUAUGCAAGUAAAAUGCUAUGUCUUGUGAUCUAAAGUGCAGCUUAAAUAUUUGAUUUUAUAUGCAUUGUGCUGGUCAUAUGUACAUAUAUCCUGAAUCAGGAAUAAAAUGUUAGUGCUCAGGGUCUGAACUAAUAUAUGUAUUGUAAAUAUUGAAAUGAAAUGAAAUGAUGAGAAUUUUGUCUUUGGCAAAACAAUUUUGUUUGUAAAAUAAAAUAGCAAUAGACGGUCAGGGGCAUUACUUAAACAAGUAACUUUCAAAAUUAUCUACACAAGUUAUGUUGAGAACAAGGCUUCUCUUUUAAAUUAUUAUUUUUAUGAGUGACUUUUGUAAAUUUAAUUUAGAUAGGUGUCCAUUCAUUUAGAUUUUACUAGCUUAAACUAAUCAUCGCAGACAUCUGGUUAUUUUUCCCAUGAGAUAUCAAAAAUUAUCCUCCUGAAACACUAAUUGCCUCCCAGACGCACUUACAUGCCUCUGACUGAUGGAUGCAUUUUGUAUAUAGUUGUUUAUGCUUUCAAAUAUAAACAUGAAUAUUUUUAGUUAUUCUGUCAAUUGGAACUGGAUUUAAAGGAAAACAGUACCAAUGUUUGAAUUCUUCAAGUUCCAUAUAUAUUGGAGAUUGUUUACAUCUGGAGAAGAUGGUGAAAUAAAUUAAAUGUAUCAAUAUUUUAAAUAAUUUUAUUAAUUAUUGAAAUAAUGGGGCUUUGGUGAACAAUUUUUACAUCUUGAUCUUUAGGCAAUAAGGUUAAAAAAAAAAAAAGGUGUGAUACCCUCAUGGGUAGUCAAGGUCGUUAAACACCCCUUUAUUAGUAGUAAUCUAUAAGAAGAAUUCUAACGUAUAAGGAAAAUUGAAGGUGAUAAAAAAAAUGAAAAAGAUGGCAUUGAUUUUUUAAUAAUGUACAAAGAUGUAAGUAUUUGUGAAUUGAUAUUCCUGUUUUCGAGUAUUUUUUUAAUGCUUGUACAGUAUCUAUAUUUAUAAUUGAAACAACCAUUGCCUUAAUAUAUUCAUAUGUGCACAUUUCUAGAAGUUGUAUACAUCAUUGUAUAUGUAUGUAAAUUAAUAGAUUAUUUGUUCCAUGUUAUCGAAAAAAAAUACUAUUUGUGGUAGACUGUUGGAACAGUAGAGAAGUCAGUCUUCAGUUCAACAGGGUAUUAUUAUCUGUUUUGAAAUAUGAAAAUCUCAGAAUUGUUCAAGAUCUCCUUUUUUUUAAACAAAAUUUCCAUACUUUUCAAUCAUUUUGUAAAUAUGUCAUUGAUGCAUAGGUCAGUAUCUCAAAUCAAAACAUUCUGUUUGUUAAAUGUAGUUAAGUUUGUGUGAACCUCAAUUUUAACAAUAUUUGUAAAAGAAAAUGUAAUGUUCUUCAAGUUGUAAUGUUGUGGUUUUAUUCCCCGAAUAUACAUUUUUUUCUCAAUAAUUGCAAAAAACAUAACAAGAAAAAAAAGAAUUUGCACAUUUGGAAAAUAUGAUUCAGUAACAACUAUUUGUGGAAUCUAUGCAAAUGUGUUAUCUUGUUGAUGUUAUAACUGAAUAAACAGUGAUCUUGACCCAUUAUAAAAAAACAAAAGUGGACUCAACCUAACAAAACCUUUUUUCCCCUUCAUCCUUAAAUUGAUAUUACCAAAUACUGUGUAUUCAAUAAUAUGGCAGUAAUGGGCCAAAACAUUUUGAGGGGUACAGACUGCCAUUUCAUAGACUAAUAAAAAAAAUCUUUAAAAAUGGAUCCACCCAAAACUUCAUUUUGAUGGAUCUGUCAUUGUCUACAAUAAUAAGUGCUGAGGUUGUUGUUAGCAAUGGUAAAACAUGAAUAUAAGUAGACUUUAGUGAAAUACAAAUCCAUAGUUGCUUUGAAAGCAGCAAGUGUUAAAUCGUGAAGAAAUGUAUUGUUCAAUGAAGAACUGAUCCUGUCAAGAGUAAUAUUAGAACCAAUGAUAUUAAUCUAAGCCAUUACAUUAAAUAUUGCAUGUUAUUUUCUUUCAUAUGCCAUCAAACAAUUGUAUGCUUGUUUUUUCAUCCAAAGUACAUUUAAUGUAUACAGUGUAUUAUAUUGACUGCACAAGUGAAAUCAUAUUUUACCCUCGGCAUGGUCUUUCUAUAUAGUGCAACAUAGUUGUGUUGUAAUGUCAUCAAGAUCUAUGUUUUGAGGACUCAGGCCUUUGUUGGCAUUGAGGCUCAUUGUUAGAAAUCCAUAAUUGUUAUAUUUCUCACAUAGACAUUCAUACCACCUUUUUUUCUAAUUUCCAUAAUAUAUGUAAAUAUGAAAUAGAGCAAAUUGAAUUAUUAUAAUUAUAAUUGUUUUGAUUGAAGCAGAAUGAGCUAUUAUAUCUUUCAAAUUUUUAGCUUUUAGCGUUCCAGACAAAGGUAAAUCCAGAAAAGUGCUUCGGAUGCAUUUGAUUUAUUUUUUCAUUGAAAAUCUUAAAUAUGUAAAUAUUUGUCUCUUUUAAGGCAAACAUAAAAUGCCAUUAAUCUAUUACUAUCAGAAGUUUUUUUUUUAACCGAAUAUAGCACUGUAAUAAAGAAAAAUAACUUGUACAGAGCAUAUUUCUGAUUAAAAAUAGUGAACUGAAAAAUUUGUAGAUAUGUCCUAGUCCUGUUAUUCAUUAUAUAUAGAAGACUUUUUAUUAAUUUGUUACAUUUUAUGUUGAGUUAUAAUGUGCAUUUAUUACCUUAUUGUAAAUAAUGUCAAAGACCACAUUUGAUUAUGCAUUGUUUAUACACUUGUUGACUUGUAUAUAGUGAAAACCUUUAUAAAUUAAAAAAUCUUGUACAUA